CGAUAUGUGUCAAUCAUAUCAACGCAUACUACCUCUAUAGCUAUUGUUGUCGUUGAAGAAGCAUCGGCGCUUAUUGGUGUAAAAGGUUCUUCAUGUGGUGACUAUGGGGUUGGGGAGCAUUACGAUGAGGAGGGACUUCGUUGCGAUGAUCGUCUGGAAUUUUCUGUUAUUUUUCUUCAUGUUUGUUGUGGAAAGAAGUACAUUCAGGAAACCUUUAUGAAAAGUCUAAGACUGAAUUGAAAUCCAUGCUGCUGGAAGCGAUGAGCAGGUAGUUUUAGAUUUAUGAAAUCUAACUGCCAUUUUUCAAGGUUAAUCUAUUCUAUCAGCAAACUCUUUUUUCCGGCUCAGCCAGGAUAUUCAAACAGGAUAUCGUAGCGCCACAAUGUAUUUGUUGUAUUGGUUAUUGUUUCUGAAUCCGUACGUUCAUGUUGCAUAAACACGCACGCAAAACUAUAACUGCAUGUGUGUGUAAUUUCUACUUUCUUAUCUAUUUAAUGCUUUUUAUUAUCUGGAUGCGUACGACAGAACUUUUUUCGUCGAUAGAUUUACGAUGAACAACUUGAUCUCGUCAACAAUCAUAGUGAAAUCGGACGUGCCAAACCUACUGUUAUAGGUUGCCAUUCUGAUGGUCUAAUAGAAUUCUAGAUAGAUAUUUUUUAAGCCUUUUACCGUUAUGCGCACUAUUACUCAUGAGUACCAUACGAUGGGAAUUGUCAUUAACUAAUUUGAAAGGUCGCGGCCUAUUUUUCCACAAGCAGAAAAAUCAAAUCAUUAAUAUAUUGACGAUGUCACAAGGAAGAAGGAAGCUUCGGUUAUGUCUGAUGUAUUGAUUAUAUGGCUUCUUCCGAGCACGCGAAUCGAUCAUCGAUUACCAAGCGUCCAACCGUAUGAAGGUAGUCAGUGUGUCGUGUCGUUUUUGACAGAGGAAGACUCAAUGACAAUGGGUGAUGCUGUUGAAUCUAGUGCUACAGGAACCGAUCAACCCCCACAACUCGAGGAAGUUCCCGCCGAAUUUUCCAUCGGCGUUGUUAUCAGCAAGGUUGAUUUUCGUGAACCAUGGAUUAUUGCGCUGAUCGCCUUUCAUUGCGCUAUGCUUACUCUCUCCGUUGCAACCAAAUCGCGGAAUAAUAUUCAAGUCAUUCUCUUCACAACGAUGCUCGCACUGGUCUACCUCUCGGACUCAAUCAAUGAAUGGGCAGCUCAUAACUGGAGCAGAUUCAGCAAGCAGCAAUACUUUGACUCGCAAGGGUUCUUUAUCUCGACAAUCUAUUCGGUGCCACUUCUGCUUAAUUGCCUCUUCAUGGUUGGUCAGUGGCUGUAUCAGGCACGUGAUCUCAUGGUUGAUCUGCGUAAAGUACAACUAAAAAGAAUGCGAAAGGACUGCCAACUACAGCAACAGCAACAACAACAAUUCGGCCAUCACAGGUCAGGAGAUCAACACUCGAAGGAAUACUACAGGGACCGAUAGCUGAAACGACCUCAUGAUAGCCAACGCUAAGCUUUCGGAACCUAAACAUCUCUCAAGCUAUUACUGAAACCCUAUCGAGAUAACGAAAAAAAAAAAAAACAUUGUGUUACGAUUUAUAUCUAACUCAGGACGAAUUUUAGCGUCAGUAUGCCAGCAACGAUUAGAAUGCGGUUCCUUAUUUAUAUAGUCAUGGAACAAAUACAUUAGGGUUAACCAUGAAUUUCUAUCUGGCUAAGGAAUUUUAGAACCAUCGAUAUUUUUUUUUGCACGCAAUUUAACGAAAGACUUACUUUUCAAUGCACUCUUUUUAUCCUCUAAGAAAUAAUAUAACUAAUAAUGGUAUCAGCCACUGCGUCUAAACGUCAACUAUUGUUAUUAUUAAUAUUAUAAUAUCCUUAUGAGUUCGAAGUAAAUGGAAUAUUGGGUAUGUCACAAUUAGUAAUGUGUCAGCCAAUACUGGGUGUGAGUCGUGAUACGUCAUGAUAUCGUACAAUUGACAUUAAUUAUUCAAUCAAGACGCUCAUGCCAUCAUUGUUAGUGAACAAACACAUUGCGACAUCCAUGUUUUGCCCGACGGCUAUAGGGAUCUUCUUUGUCAUAAAGCAAAUAAUCUUUCAACUCCUAUAUAUAUAUAUAUAUAUAUACAUAUAUAUGUACAUAUAUAUAUAUAUAUGUAUAACUGGCCCGUUCUUUUCCACCGCACAAGUUCCAAGCGGUUCAGGAUGGAAUAUAAAAGGGCCUGCCCCUUUAAGCCAUUAUAUGGAGAAAUGGGUAGCGCCGACAUUUCUUUACUACGCGUUGUUGACUGAACCGCCGAUUUUGACUGGGCAUUAAUGUGCCGACUUUUUCGUUGUAAUUACGUUUUUGGUAUUUAUUUUAUACAGUCAUAUAUGUACAUAUAGACAUAUUUAGAAGAAAACUGGCAAAGAAAAAACGCAACGGAAAACAGAUCGUUUGCAAUUUUUUUUGCUUUCGUACGCAACCAACAACGUACAGUCCAUAGUUUUCUCAACAGAAUGAUACAGAAUCAGAUUGAACGUACGAAGCUAUCGAUUAAAUGGCAGUUUGACACGAUGUUUUUAUGCAGCUAAUUUAUGCAACCUUUAUUGUUGUCCUUAAGCACAAUCGGCUACCAAUAGAUGUGUUUUCAUUGUUAUAACUGUUAAGGCACGUUAAGAAAUGGUAGCCAUCUUAAGGCAAAUUUUUGUGAAGAAAUUAAAGGUAGAAUAUCCAUUGUUUAUUUUUAGUAUGUAUGCUUUAUUGAUUACUUUUUCAAUGAACUCGUUAUUAAUUCUGAUAGUGUGUUAAAUGCGUGUUUCUCAAAAAGUGAUCAUUUAUUACUUCUUUUUAGCUAAUAGAAACAUUUUUCCUGGUACUUUAUUAUAAGCAAUUUUUUGUUUGUUUUUAACAGAAAUUACGCUAUACAUUCUAGAUUUUACUGU